GAGGAUCUUGGGGAGAGGAGGGUGCAGCGAGGCAACGGAGGGACCGAGGGACGCGGGAGGGAGCGUGGGGAGAGGAUGCAGAGUGGCUGACGUGGGCCGGGGUCGGCACUGCUGGCUGUAGGAGGCGGCGGUGCGCAGCGACACCGCGUCCUGAAGCGAGGACGAGGGAGCGCCGUGUCUGCACCUCCCCGCACAGCCCGCGCCUUGCGUACGGAAGAGCGGCCCGCGCCACCGCGUCGAGCCACAUCCUCUCCGGCUCCUGCCACUCCCGGAGCCACCAUGGCCCCGGCCCUGUGGCCGUGCGUCAGCCGCAUUCUCUGGCUCGCCUGCCUCCUGCCCUUGGCCCCGGCUGGGGUGGCCGCAGGCCUGUAUGAACUCCAACUCACCACUGAUAGCCCUGUUACCACGGGGGCAGAGGUGACCAUCACAGCUAGCCUGGUGGCCAGUGACAACGGCAGCCUGGUCCUGCCCACCAACAUUCACUUCUAUCGCUUCCACUGGAUCCAUACUCCACUGCUGCUCACAGGAAAGACGGAUGAGGCGUUCAGCUCCACCAUCCGCGCUGUGGGCAACGAGCCCGGGGACUUCCCCGUCUCUGUCUGGGUCACCGCCGCCAACUGCUGGAUGUGCCAGCCUGUGGCAAGGAGCCUCCUCGUCCCCUCCAUCACAGAGCUCCUUGUGGGGAACCUCGUUGUCACCCAGAACUCGUCCCUGCCCUGGCCCAGCUCCUAUCUCGCCAAGACAGUCCUUAAAAUUUCCUUCCUCCUCCAUGACCCGAGCAACUUCUUCAAGACCGCCUCGUUUCUCUACAGCUGGGACUUCGGAGACGGCACCCAGAUGGUGACUGGAGAUGCUAUGGUCUAUUAUAACUAUCCGAUCAUUGGAAACUUCACUGUGAAGCUCAAAGUGGUGGCCGAGUGGGAACAGGCAACACUGGAUGCUGGGAAGAGCAUCACGCAGAAGACGGGAGACUUCUCUGCCUCACUGAAGCUGCACGAAACCCUUCAAGGCAUCCAGGUCUCGGGGCCCACCCAAAUUGAGAGCUUCCAAAAGAUGACAGUGACCUUGAACUUCCUGGGAAGCCCCCCUCUGACUGUGUGCUGGCGUCUCAAGCAUGAGUGCCUCCCGCUGGAGGAAGGGGAAUGUCACCCGGUACCCGUGGCCAACACAGCUUACAACCUGACCCACGUCUUCCGGGAUCCUGGGGACUACUGCUUCAGCAUCCGGGCCGAGAAUGUCAUCAGCAAGACACAUCAGUACCACAGGAUCCAGGUGUGGCCCUCCAGCAUGCAGCCGGCUGUCUUUGCUUUCCCAUGCGCCACGAUUAUCACCAUGAUUCUGGCACUAAUCAUGUACGUCAGCCUGAGGAAUGCACACCAGAAGGACGUGGCGGAGGUGGCUGAUUUUGACUUUUCCCCCAUGUCUGACAAGAAUCCGGAGCCACCCACUGGGGUCAAGUGCUGCUGCCAGAUGUGCUGUGGGCCCUUCUUGCUGGAGACACCAUCUGAGUACCUGGAGGUUGUCCGCGAGCACCACAGGCUACUGCCGCCCCUCUAUAAGUCUGUCAAAACUUACACGGUGUGAGCGGCCCCACAGCCCGUCUCAGCUUAAACUAACUGCCGACUCGAUGCUUCGGGCAGGGUGGUGCAUGCACCCAGCAGGAGGGUUCAUGAGUGUAGGGCCAUCCGCCCUGGCCAGCCAUCCAUCUGUACAGUCCAGCUGCUGACACAAGCCCCCCUCAGUCAGCCCCGCCCCCAGCCUCCUGUCCAGUCUAACCACUGCUGUAAGCACCUCUCAGUCACCUCCACCCGACCCCUUGCCUUUGAAGAGGCCCCAAGCAGGACUCGACAUUCCAUGUGGCCUCUGAAGAGCUGUGCCUCGCCCAAUCCUCUCAUGUUGGCACGUCUGCCUCCAUCUGGGAUUUGGGCUUUCCUCCCCAGGCAGCCCCGCCAAAGUCAGAGAGCUAGGAGGAAGGUCAAAGACGAUUAAGGACACAUCAUGAAAGGUCACGCAUACAGACAAGCAGGCACGCACACACGCACGUGUCACACAGACACCUCAGAUGAUUUCCUCUGUAUCCGUCCAGUAGGUUGCUGGGAUGUACCCUGAAUUAGAACUAAGAUGAAAUCUGACCUUCUUCACUGGGCCCCAAUGGCUCCUGGUUCUGGCCCCUCCCUUUUUGUGCUGUCCCUGUGGCUACCUGGUCCCAUUCUAAGGACACCUUGUUCCCUGCCUGCUUGCUGGGGGCUGGGUGCAGGUAGAGCUAAUGCUUUGUGAGUAUAAAGUGUUUUAUAAAUAGCACCUUUUAUUGAGACCAUGUUAACUUCCAUUGAGGAAAAGGCCUUGAAGCAAAAGAGAAGUAGAGCCAGUGGGGACUUGGGUUCUCUGGGAGGGGAAGGUGUUCUUUCCUGCCCAGUUUUACCUGGGGGUGGGGGGUAGCUUGAGAAGGAAGAGGCAGAACCUGGCAGGGGAACCAACCUGUCUGGCCCAGUGGCUGGGGUAGGCAGAUCAGGUAGAGAGAGCAGUUUCUCAGUAUAGACAAGACCACGAUUAGGUCUCCAUCCAACCAUUCAGGGGUGCUGGGAGCAACCUGGGCCUGUCUGGUGGAGGCCUGGGGCCAUGGGGGCAGAGCCCUGUUGCUGUAAUCAUUUGCUCUCAGACUUUGUGCAGAAAACUGUAUACCCACAGUUGUGAAGCUCAUUUUCAUAACAUACUAUCAUAAUUGCUAAAUAAAGCUUGUGUGCUCUGAGUA